UCAUUCAAGCAAGUUGGGAAGAAUGGUGGACUUACGAUGGAAUUUCAGGUCCACAGUACUGGGGCAGAAUAAAUCCAGAAUGGAGUCUAUGUAAUAAGGGUAGGAGGCAGUCACCCAUCAACGUGGAGCCUCAAAAACUUCUAUUUGACCCUUUCCUCCGCCAUGUAGAUAUUGAUAAAACUAAGGUUAGCGGCAUGCUCCUAAACACUGGACAGUCGCUAGUGUUCAGAGUAGACAAAGACACAAAACACCAUGUAAAUAUAACUGGAGGCCCUCUGGCUUAUAGGUAUCAAUUUGAAGAAUUUUACAUCCAUUAUGGAACGGGAAAUAAUCACGGAUCAGAGCACAUGAUCCAAGGUUACUCAUUUCCUGGUGAGAUUCAACUGUACGGGUAUAAUGCCGAGUUGUAUCACAAUAUGUCUGAGGCACAGCACAAAUCGCAGGGUAUUGUCGGUAUCUCAGUCAUGGUCCAGAUCGGUGAUACCCCAAAUCCUGAAUUAAGGAUAAUAACUAGUACAUUUAACAAAGUAUUGUAUAGAGGUGCAUUUACACCAAUUAAAUAUUUAUCACUAAGGAGCCUUUUACCCGACACGGAGCAUUUCAUGACUUAUGAAGGCUCAACGACGCAUCCAGGCUGCUGGGAAACCGCUGUUUGGAUCAUACUCAAUAAACCUAUCUACAUUACAAAACAAGAGCUGUAUGCUUUGCGGAAACUAAUGCAAGGCUCGGAGGAUAUUCCUAAAGCACCCCUGGGUAACAACGCCAGACCUCUCCAAUCACUCAAUCAAAGGACUGUGAGAACCAACAUAGAUUUUAAAACAAAUGAAAUAGCUACGCAAGAAAAGCAGUGCUCAGUGACAAUGUUCAAAGAAAUGUACUACAAAGCAAACACAUGGCGAGAGCACGACCCAUUUCAAGUUUAGUUCAUAGUAUGCUUCAGCCUUCGUUUUACAAUGUAAAUAUUAGUGUGACUGUUAAAGAAUCUUGUUACUUUCGUGUAAUCAUGCAAUAUUCAUCCUAGAAUUUGUACGUUAAUAAAUUACAGCGUCCUUAUGUUAUUUUGUAGAAAAUUGUUCAUCCGUUUUUCAGUCCGUUAACCAAAGCCUCUUUAAAUUCUGCAAUAAAUUUUUAAUUUCAAUUGUAAA